GCUGUGGCUGUCGGUGGUCUCCGAGGUGCUGUACAUCGUGCUGCUGGCUGUAGGCUUCAGCCUCAUGUGUCUCGAGCUCCUCCACUCCAGCAGCAUCAUCGACGGGCUCAAGCUCAACGCCUUUGCGGCCGUCUUCACAGUGCUGUCAGGCCUCCUGGGAAUGGUCGCACAUAUGAUGUACACACAGGUGUUCCAGGUCACCGUGAGCCUCGGCCCCGAAGACUGGAGACCCCAUUCGUGGGACUACGGGUGGUCCUUUUGCCUGGCGUGGGGUUCCUUCACGUGCUGCAUGGCGGCCUCUGUCACCACACUCAACUCCUACACCAAGACCGUCAUUGAAUUCCGGCACAAGCGCAAGGUCUUUGAACAGGGGUACCGGGAGGAGCCGACCUUCAUAGACCCUGAGGCCAUCAAGUACUUCCGGGAGAGGAUUGAGAAGGGGGACACGAGCGAGGAGGAGGACUUCCGCUUAGACUGCCGCCAUGAGAGAUACCCGACCCGACACCAGCCACACAUGGUGGACUCCUGGCCCCGGAGCUCAGCACAGGAGGCGCCAGAGCUGAAUCGCCAGUGCUGGGUCCUGGGGCACUGGGUGUGAUGGGCCUGACCCAGCCCUAGUCCUCCUGCCAUGACCA